GUUGUCUAUUACAAGUUCAUGAUCAUAUCACCGUGGCGUUGGCUAUUUUAGUGCCUUUCAUUUUGUAACCAAAUUCGCCAGCCUCUUUUGGUUUUGACAGCCGUGUAAAUAGGUGCUUCAAGAUGUUGAUGCCCAAAAAGAACAGAGUAGCAAUCUACGAGUACCUCUUCAAGGAGGGCGUCAUGGUGGCCAAGAAGGACUACCACGCUCCCAAGCACCCUGAAUUGGAGACUAUCCCUAACUUGCAGGUGAUCAAAGCUCUCCAAUCCCUUAAAUCUAGGGGCUAUGUUAAGGAACAGUUCGCAUGGAGACAUUACUACUGGUAUUUGACCAACACAGGUAUUGAAUAUUUGCGCACGUUCCUCCACCUGCCUCCCGAAAUUGUGCCAUCCACUCUGAAGAGACAGGCACGUUCUGAGACCACGCGCCCCAGGCCCGCCGCUUUGCGUUCCGAAACGUCGAAACCGGCAGAGGACCGCGCUGGCUACAGAAGGAUACCCGGAGGUCCGGGAGGCGACAAGAAGGCGGAUGUUGGACCCGGAACCGGCGACGUUGAGUUCAGACUUGGUUUCGGUCGUGGAAGGCCUCAAUAAAUUAAUGACGAUUUUAUAUUGUAACAAGCUGGCAAAUAUAUUUGUUGGUUAAA